AUGGGUAAUGCGCCUUCCAAGGGCAGGAAUGCUGCAGGCGAAUCGUUGGAGACUUUCUUCCAGAAAGAACCCCCUCGCUCGAAAAUUGCCUCGAAAAUUCUAGGCGCUCAAAGGGCUGACAGCCCUCGAAGCCCCAGAUUUGAACUCUCCGAUUCGAAGUAUUCGGGCAGCGAUAUUGAAAGGGAUGAUACGAAGUCAGUCAGGUCGAAGCGCGGCUAUUUUGAUGUUAGUGGACUCCUGGAAGGAGUCAAAGUCGACUCUGUGUCUGAAAAUGCCCUCGCGGCAACCGUUCCGGGUGAGAGCGCUCAGAAAGUGGGCGAGUCGAUUUUGGUCAAAAGAGAUAUCCCCCAGGUAUUGGAUUCCAUCCUCAAUACGCCAGUGCAAUCUUCUGGAUCUUCCAGUAUGAGUCCCCUGAAAUCCAUUGAUCUGGAUGAUAUGAUCUCGCGGCUGCUGAAUGCAGGACAUUCCACCAAAGUCACCAAGGGCGUCUGUCUAAACAAUGCAGAAAUCAGAGCCGUCUGCUCGGCGUCUCGAGAACUUCUACUCUCGCAGCCUGCUCUGGUAGAUCUAUCGCCUCCCGUAAAAAUUGUCGGCGAUAUCCACGGACAGUAUACGGACCUGAUUCGACUGUUUGACAUGGCUGGGUUCCCACCGACCUCAAAUUAUCUUUUUCUCGGGGGCUAUGUCAACCGGGGGACGCAGAGCCUGGAGACCAUUCUUCUAUUGUUGUGUUAUAAGCUUAAGUACCCCGAGAACUUUUUCCUACUCCGAGGCAACCAUGAGUGUGCUAAUGUCUCACGGGUAUUUGGGUUCUAUGACGAGUGUAAGCGCCGCUGCAACGUAAAGAUCUGGAAGACGUUUAUCGAUACCUUUAACUGCCUUCCGAUCGCUGCUAUUGUCGCUGAAAAAGUUUUCUGCGUUCACAGCGGGCUUUCUCCUAGGCUUUCAAACAUGGAUGAUAUUCGAGGCAUUGCUCGUCCUACCAAUAUUCCCGAUUACGGUCUAUUAAACGACCUCUUAUGGAGUGAUCCUGCUUAUAUAGAAGAGGAUUGGAAACCGAAAGACCGGGAUGUGAGUUGUUUAUUCGGUAAGAAGGCGAUAAUGGAAUUUUUGCAGCGCCAUGAUUUCGACUUGAUAUGCCGUGCGCACAUGGUGGUUGAGGACGGCUAUGAAUUUUAUGAGGACCGGCUGUUGGUGACGGUGUUCUCCGCGCCUAACUAUUGCGGUGAAUAUGAUAAUUGGGGCGCCGUCAUGUCGAUAUCGAUUGAUUUAACUUGCAGUUUUGAGCUAUUGCAGCCCCUGGACUCGACUACUCUACAAAAUCGCCUUAGGAAGGCGCCAAACACGCGGUUAAGUGACAUGAUCCCGUUCGAUGAAAAUAAAAAGAGCGACAAAGGACCAUACAAAAUCGAAAGCACUUCCAAAGAGAGUAUUGACAAAGAGGGCAAAUUCGAUCAAAUGCCAACAGCAGGGGCGUCAGAUACUAAAGCCUGGCUGCCUGAACCACCCGAAAUUCCCUCACCUGGUCUAUCGAGCAACUUGUACAAUGCAAUUUUGAGUCUGCUUCUUACGGUUGCCCAACGGAAGGCACACACCACCUAUUCGCGACGUCUACGUAGCGAGCUAGAGCGUCUUUUCCUCUGGGGAGAGGCCUUCUCCCUCCCGGAUGACGAAUUCGAUGAAGUCCUUUCCAAAUCGUCUGACCUUUAUCAGACUGUUCUCUGUACGCUCUACGAGCUUGGCAAAGUCAUCAAAGAGAAUCUACUCCAAGCUGUUGAUAGGACGAGCCAAUCAAAAGAACCGAUUGGCCCUGCCGAGACUGUCUUGGCCAAUCUGGCCCAUUCAGAUACGGCUCAACAUCUUCAAGGGCUCCUGGAGAAGGCAGCUCCCAUCGGGGGAGCGCCUAAGACUCUAGCUGAAAUUGAGAGUCUGUCGGAUUGUGAAUCUUUGCGGUAUGAUUUGGACGAGAUUUUGGACGACGUUGCAAUCUAUAUCGAUUGUCUCAUGGAUCUCUCCCUUGCCCUUGAGAGCCCCGUCGUGGACAUUGAGCCUGAUACUACCCAGUGA